AGAGGCACUUUGCGGCCGUGCAGGCGCUGGCCCUCGGCGAGGACGCGCCCGAGGAGACGGUGGACAUGCUCCAGCCUGACGAGGGCGCGCUGAGGGAGAAGGCGCCGCUGUUGCAGGCCUGGCGCCGGGAGCUGGACGCGGCCAGCGCGGCCGCGCCCGCGCCCUCCAAGAGGGCUGCCCCCGCUGGGCUGGAGGACCGGGUGCCGAGGAGCAGGCCGCGGCUCGCGCCCGCGGCUCCCGACGGCCCGGAGGCCAUGCGCGCGGCGGUGCGGUCGGGGGAGGUGGACCGCCUCACCGCGACCGCGCUGCGCGACUGGCUGAAGGCCCAGGGGAUCGCCUGCACCGGCAAGAAGGCAGACCUCCUGGAGCGCGUGAGGGCGCUCUUCUGAGAGGCUCGCGCGCGCCACAGGCGGCGCCGCCGCACGGCCGGGGCCGCAGCCCAGAGAGAGUCCCGGCAGGGCCUCGUGGACGGCGCAGGGGGUUCGAGGGGGGACGUUGGAGGAUCUUUCAGGUGGGAGCGGGAGCGGCAGUGGUUCUGCGCAUGCCUGUGGGAGUCCAUAGGUCAUCGCGGACAGGCAUGUGUUGGUGCAGAGAGGUCGUGCGCCAG